GACUCCCUCUUCGUUUUGGUAGCUGUGUCGCUUUCAUUUGUGAUUGGGUCCCCAGAACCAAAAUGUCCAUCAGAUGGAGUGAGUACAUACAGAGAUGCCACGAACUGCACUAAAUAUUAUGAAUGCAACAGAGGACAUUUGAUAACGCUAGAAUGUACAGAUGGCAUGUAUUUCAACGAAAAAAUACGCGCAUGUGAUGACCCGGAGUUCGUGGAUUGUGAUCCUGUGUGUCCGUAUCCUUCAGACGAUGUCAUCCAGUUAUAUGAUCCGAAGAACUGUACUACAUAUUACGAGUGCAACAGAGGUAUUAGAGUUAAGGCGAUAUGUCCACCAGAAGUUCCUUACUGGAACCACAUCGAGAAAUACUGCGAUUUUCCGGAAUAUGUAGAUUGCUCACGAGGGGAAACAACAUCAUCAACGAUCACGACUACACCUUCACCGACUCCAGCUUCAACUGCAACUUCUUCAAUAUCUUCAACACCUUCCCCAGUAACAUCACCGUCUUCAGCUCCAACUGCCUCAACAACAUUGGAUCCAAGUUGCCCGUAUCCAUCAACUGAAAAAACAUAUCUGGUGUAUCCCUAUGAUUGCAGCCGAUACUAUCUUUGCGUCAAUGGUGAGAAAACGGUAGAAGAUUGCCCAGAGGGUUUUCUUUUUGAUGACAUCAACCUAAAAUGUGACUUCAGCGAUAACGUAACCUGUGAUCAUGCUUCAACACUUCACCCAUAUCCUACGACAACUUCCGAAAACCCUGACAUUACAACCACAUCUACAGCAUCUACAGCAUCUACAGCAUCUACACACCCAGGAACAACUGGUCCCACUCCAUCUCCAGAUCCAUCGUGUAGUUCCUAUCCAGCGGGGGAAAAGGUAUCUCUAGUGUAUCCCUUAGAUUGCAGCAAAUACUAUCUCUGCUAUAAUGGCAAAAAAUCAGUUGAGCCCUGUCCAGAAGGCCUCUACUUCGAUGACGUUAGUAGCCUGUGUACUUUUAGGGACAACGUGUCAUGCGAACAUGCUUCAACACUUCAACCAUAUCCUACAAAAACUUCCGAAAAUCCAGACAUUACAACCCCACCUACAGCACCUACACACCCAGGAACAACUGGUCCCACUCCAUCUCCAGAUCCAUCGUGUAGUUCCUAUCCAGCGGGAGAAAAGGUCUCUCUAGUGUAUCCCUACGAUUGCAGCAAAUACUAUCUCUGCUAUAAUGGCAAAAAAUCAGUUGAGCCAUGUCCAGAAGGCCUCUACUUCGAUGACGUUACCAGCCAGUGUACUUUUAGGGAAAACGCGUCAUGCGCGCAUGCAUCGACACCACUGCCUUAUCCAACAACAGAUCCUACAGGAGCUACAACAUCAACAGCCAUGCCUAGUACUACUUCCGAAGUUCCAACGAAGAUAACGACUCCAAUAACAAGUACUACAUCAAAAGAUGGGAUAUGCAAAGAUGAACCUACAGGGACGACCUUGAGUGAUCCAGACGACUGUGCUUGCUAUUUCGAAUGCUCUAACGGUUUGACGUACCAUUUCACAUGUGCUGCAGGGACUUUGUGGGAUAAAGUUCUAAAAGUAUGUGCCGAUGCUGAAUCUGUGAUUUGCUGA